ACGAGUCGGCAUUGUCAAGCGGCGGCAGCGCGCGGGCCAGAGCUAGGCGGCGGGUGCUGGUUUCCGUGCUGCGAGGGUCGCGGAGGGGGGGACUUAGCCGGAGCGACUCCGUCGGCUGACGGAGGCGAGGUCCGGGCGGCGCGAGUUUGAACGCAGCCGAGCCCGCGGCGCCUUCCCCGGCGGGUGGGGACGAGCGGGCCCCGCGGCGGCGUCAUCGGUGGCGAGGAGUCGGCGCGGCUUGGUCAACCAUGUCGGAAGCGGGUGAGGAGCAGCCCAUGGAGACGGCGGGCGCCACCGAGAACGGACACGAGGCCGCCCCCGAGGGCGAGUCGCCGGCCGGGGCCGGCAGCGGGACCGCGGCGGGGUCCGGAGGCGGAACCGCGGCGCCGCCGAGCGGCAACCAGAACGGUGCGGAGGGGGACCAGAUCAACGCCAGCAAGAACGAGGAAGACGCGGGAAAAAUGUUCGUUGGUGGUCUGAGCUGGGAUACAAGCAAAAAAGAUUUGAAGGACUAUUUUACUAAAUUUGGAGAGGUCGUUGAUUGUACAAUAAAGAUGGAUCCAAAUACUGGACGGUCUAGAGGGUUUGGGUUUAUCCUCUUUAAAGAUGCCACCAGCGUGGAAAAGGUCCUAGACCAGAAGGAACACAGGCUGGAUGGCCGAGUCAUUGACCCCAAAAAGGCCAUGGCUAUGAAGAAGGACCCUGUGAAGAAAAUCUUCGUAGGAGGCCUGAAUCCUGAAGCCACUGAAGAGAAGAUCAGGGAAUACUUUGGCGAUUUUGGGGAGAUUGAGGCCAUUGAGCUUCCAAUGGAUCCCAAGUUGAAUAAAAGACGAGGUUUUGUUUUUAUCACUUUUAAAGAAGAGGAGCCUGUGAAGAAGGUUCUGGAGAAAAAAUUCCACACCAUCAGUGGAAGUAAGUGUGAAAUCAAGGUGGCCCAGCCCAAAGAGGUCUAUCAGCAGCAGCAGUAUGGCUCGGGAGGCCGUGGCAACCGCAACCGAGGAAACCGAGGUAGCAGCGGCGGUGGCGGAGGUGGAGGUCAGAGUCAGAGUUGGAAUCAGGGCUACGGCAACUACUGGAACCAGGGCUACGGCUACCAGCAGGGCUACGGGCCCGGCUAUGGCGGCUACGACUACUCGCCCUAUGGCUAUUACGGCUACGGCCCCGGCUACGACUACAGUCAGGGUAGUACAAAUUACGGGAAGAGCCAGCGACGUGGUGGCCAUCAGAAUAACUACAAGCCAUACUGAGGUGGCAGCAGGAGCGGCCGGCCGACUGACCGCACACGCUUUGUUUGGAUACGGAGUAAACACAAUUAUGUACCAAAUUUAACUUGGCAAACUUUCUAUGGCCUACCCCUGUGCAUCUUAUUUAAAAAUUUCCCCCUGGAAAUCACUCUCCUGUUUACUAUUUGCAGCGCUCUAGUUUUAGGCAGCGUGUGGUGUCUCAAGAGGCCAGGGUGGCAAUAGGGGCUGACUCUGUUACCGGGUCACUCAGCACCAGAUUGGAAGGUCUGCUUCCUGCUGCCGCUCUGCAGCCUAGACCUGUGGGCCCUGGUUGUAAGAGUCAACUGUAUCUUAGGAAACCAGUGUCACCUUUUAUUCACCUUUUAAUUUUAUAUUAUUUGUGUCAUACAUUUCCUGUAAUGGAAGUGUUAAUUUUACUGUACUUUUUGGUACCUUUGGGAAUCUAAUGUAUUGUAAGGUAUUUUACACGUGUCCUGAUUUUGCCACGACCUGGAUACUGAAGCUAUCCAAGCUUUUGAAAUAAAAUUGUAAAAACCCCCAA